AUGGCAAACUCCAAAUAUGAAUACGUGAAAGCUUUCGAGCAACCGGACCUUCUUCUGCCCAACACAUGGAUUGUGGUGCGCAUUGAUGGGCGAGGCUUCCAUAAGUUUUCAUCCAAAUAUGCAUUCGAGAAACCCAACGACCGCAGAGCACUCGAUCUCAUGAAUGCAGCUGCCAAGGCUGUGAUGAGCGAGUUGCCGGAUAUUGUCAUUGCGUAUGGAAUUAGCGACGAGUACAGUUUUGUAUUUCAUAAAUCCUGCAUGCUGUUUGAGAGACGGGAAAGCAAACUUGUCACAACAAUCGUAUCGACCUUCACGGCUCAUUUCGUUCUCCUAUGGAAUUUGUACUUCCCCGAACUACCCCUCUCGCCUCCCCUGCCGAGUUUUGACGGCAGGGCUGUGCUGUAUCCCAGUGUGCAGAAUUUGAGAGAUUACAUGAGCUGGAGACAGGUUGAUUGUCAUAUCAACAAUCUUUACAAUACUACGUUUUGGGCGUUGAUUCAGAUGGGUGGACUAGAUGCUAAGGAGGCCGAAAAAGAACUCGCGGGCUCUGCGGCUGCUGAUAAGCAUGAGACUCUAUUCUCGAGGUUCAAGAUCAAUUACAACAAUGAACCGGACAUGUACAAGAAAGGAAGUGUGGUGUUUCGAGAUUAUGAGCUAGUUGAACCAGGCUCAGUAUCUGAAGUAGUAGACGAGGACUUUGCGAAGACAAUCGAGCAGCUGGAAUUGUCAAAAUCGCAGGAGGAAAAGGAUAGGAAGAGAAGAGCUAAGGCGAUCAUCACGAUACAGCAUGUGGACAUCAUCAAGGAUGAGUUUUGGGAAAGGAGACCAUGGCUUUUGUCGAAUAAACCCGGAAAGAUACCCAAGGAACCAUGA